UGCUUGGUUCCCGAGACGCAUCCUGGCUCUCGGAGCCCUGGGCUCCCCACUCUGACUGUCCCCUCUGGCUGGGGCAGGGGGAAGGCCCCUGUCUGUCUCACCCGGCUGUGUGCUAGUGUACAGCACCCGGCCUGUAAACUAAGUGUUCUGCAGGUGUUGAUUGACGAGUGGAGUUUAAGGCUCCUGGAACAGAGGUUAACUUUAUGCUGUGCGGUCAAAUCCAGUCUUUCUACAGUUGUCUUGGCAAAGUUCUACUUGUGCAGAUGAGAAGGACAUCCCAGGGGUGCUUUGCGGCUGGACUGUACUACCUUGCAGAGCUGAUAGAAGAGUACACGGUGGCCACCAGCAGAAUCAUCAAAUACAUGAUCUGGUUCUCCACAGCGGUGCUGAUCGGCCUCUACGUCUUUGAGCGCUUCCCCACCAGCAUGAUAGGUGUGGGCCUUUUCACCAACCUCGUCUACUUUGGCCUUCUCCAGACCUUCCCCUUCAUCAUGCUGACGUCGCCUAACUUCAUCCUGUCAUGCGGGCUAGUGGUGGUGAACCAUUACCUGGCAUUUCAGUUUUUUGCGGAAGAAUAUUAUCCUUUCUCUGAGGUCCUGGCCUACUUCACAUUCUGCCUGUGGAUAAUCCCGUUUGCUUUCUUCGUGUCACUUUCGGCUGGGGAGAAUGUCCUGCCCUCCACCAUGCAGCCAGGCGAUGACGUGGUCUCCAAUUACUUCACCAAAGGCAAGCGAGGCAAGCGCUUAGGCAUCCUGGUUGUCUUCUCCUUCAUCAAAGAGGCCAUCCUACCCAGUCGGCAGAAGAUAUAUUGACCCUUUGGGGAGGGCAGGCGGGGGGCAAGACCAAUAGAGCCAGGCCCCUGGGACUCUGGGAGCCUGGAGGGUGUCUUCUGCCAGCCCAGGUUUCCCUCCCCUCUGUUCUGAAGCUCCAUGCCCACCCUCCUCAGGAGGUUUGAAUGCUGCCAGGGGCACCAGAGAGGGUAGCAGAGCCUGCUGUGCCAGGAGGCUAUGUCCCCAGCCCUCCCCUCCCUAGAGCUGGGUCUGGUCAGAUGGGGCAGGCAGGGAAGCAAGUAUGACGCUGGAGAACUGACAGCAAGUUCUCAGGCAGGUGACCAUAGGGAGGAGCUGAGGGUCGGCACUUGCAGGAAAAGUGCAUUUCGCUGUGGAAAUGUGGGUCUUGUCCAAUGCUGAUCCGAUCCCCUUUUUGAAUAAAGAUUCUAGGUGGCACUGUUUGCCUUAACACCCCAGGAGUUCAUCUUCUUCUCUGCCUGCUAACCUUCUGCCUAGACUGGGCUAGCCUGCUCUAGGGACUCCUCUUCUGGCUCUUGCCCUUCUGAAGGGAUUCUCAUGGCCCUAAGUGGGAAGGGUCCAGAGAAGAGCAUGGGUGGGCAGAGGCCAUUUUUCCGAGGCUUCUCUUCCUUUCCAUGUCUCCUUCCCCAGACUCUGAUAGUCCAGAGAGGGGGAGGGGGUAGAAGGUUUAUGGCUGGGUUAGAGAUGCAGACCGUCUACAAUAUUCUAUUUAUGUCUUCCUUUGAGAAAAAGGAGCGAUUUCUUGGUAAAUUCUAUCUCAGGCUCAACGAAAAAAAUAAACAUUGGCUUCUAGGCAGCCUAGGCUGUGGCCUGUUUCUUGAGAAAUGGGACUGGGAAAGGCUGUCGCUCAGAGCACCCAGGCCUCACUCACCUGCACUUCUGGCUCCUGGAGGGAUGUGAGCUCUGUCUUCUAAGAAGGUGGGCCUCAUCCUGGGCACAGACCAGCAUCUGUUGACCUUGCACUCCAACUACAUACAGUGCCUUGCAGGGGCUCAGCAGUCUAUGGAAUGAAGGUUCCCCCUCCCCACGGCCGAAUCUCAUACCUCACAGGGAGUCUGGCAGGCGCCCAGAUGGACAAGGCAUGGGCAAGAUCCUAGUUCGUGAACUUCUUAUGCAUCCUCCAUGGCACUGGCUCUUACAUUUCUUUCGAGUCUUGGCCUGCUAUUCUCUGAAUUUGUUUUGCAGCUACAGGUGAGAUCGCCAGACCUGUUUUCUGCCACUCGAGUGGAUGAAGGUAUAGGACAUGGGCUGCUGCCCUCCAGUGGGCUCAGGCUGGUCUCACUUGCUUUGCUGCCCACUUCUUUAUCUUCGUUCAUCCUGCUCAGACAGGAGCUUUCCCAAGCUAACCCCGGUCGACUCGUCACAGAUCACCGGCCGGGUCUUGGAGUAGCUGGCAUAGCUAAUGGUCUGCUUCUUGGCUCACGUUUCUCAGCCCUGGUGUGGCUGUUGUCCCUUUACCUCUGUCCUUUCAGUAUCUGUUAUAUAGGACUGUUUCUUGCCCUGUGCGCGCACAGGAGCUCCUUGGCUGUCUUGUGGAUUUCCUCAGGAAGCGCAGCUGUGCUGGUGGCUUAAGGGAUGCUGUGAGGGAAGCCUGGGCCAACCUUCAGCCCCAGCUACAUUUUAACUCAACCACAGUUCCGCUGCCUUCUGGGACAGAGACAAUUUGAGCUCAGCAUCUGCUCUGUUCACCUGCUCUUUGCAGUACCUCGUCCCUGGUCUCUUGAUGGUUCAAGAGCCAGGCAGGAUAUUGUUUCUCUUCUGCCCUAUGUCUAUCUGAUCUAUUCUUGGUAUCUCUGUGUUUGAGCCACCCUACUGUCAUCUCUCACCUUUGUUUUGACAGUUUCCUAUGUUUCUCUCUCCUCUGACCGGCUGGGUUUCUUUCAAAAAUGCACAGUUGGCUAAGUCUUUUCUGGCCCCCAACUCUCCCCAGCUCUCCACUGCCCUCAGGAUAAAGUCCAGACUCCUUAGUAUGGUGUGUGAGGCUCUGGGCCCCAGCCUCCUGUACACAGAGACCAUGGCUCUAGCUGCUUUGAUAACCUUCCUUCCACUUUUCCUCUUAGAUUUUAUUUCCUCCAAGGAGCCCUGAGUGUCCCCUCUCCUCCUUUAACCCCAGCUGCCACACAGAUCCUCUAGGCUCACUGGCCUGUGGUAUGGUCUGUCUCCCCACUAGACUGGAAGCUCCUUGUGGGCAGGGAAAGCCCUUGGGUUUUUGUAUUAUCAACUACCUGACUUUGGCACCUGGCCCAUGGAAAGCACUCAAUAAACGUUUUUGUUUAAAGA